ACUAUCUGAAGCGGUUUGAUUGAAACUUUCACGAAUUGAAACUAGCUAAACCGCACACACUAUGGCAGAGGAGUUUCCUGUGAGUCGGGGAGUGCGCACAGAGAAUCCGAGCAGUACAGUACAUAGGAAAUGACUCAUAGGAGUUGAACUGUUAGCGUGGGUGUGUGCGCUAUUAAAACAAGGCGCAGACUCCUCCGUAUGACUCACUCUGAUGCUCGCUUUUCCAUGGUGAAAACCAGCACGGAUUGUUAAUCAGAUGAACUUUCGGGAAUUGUGUAGCCGACAGCAAGCAGCUUUUCGCCCGCAGACACCAUGGCUUCCAACGCUCUUUGCGCGCUGUGCGGACUUAUUAUAGCGGCCGCGGCCAGCCUCCACGGCGUGAGCGCACAGAAAAGUCAGUGUGGCAGCUCAGAGUUUUGGAACUCAGACUUGGACCUUUGCUUGCCCUGCUCUUCAUGCAAGCAGUACCCGAAGAUCCCGUCAUGCAACACAUGUAAAUCCGUGGACGAGACGUCGGGCAUGUGGAAGCUGGCUGCCAUCACCAGUUUCUCUGUGCUGGCUGUUGUGCUGGUCGCCGCUGCGUUGAUCAUCGGGGUCAUGGUGCAUCGACGCAAGUCCCACAAGCGGCCUUUACGUGAACCCAUUGAAGAAACGGCGGGGCCACUUUAUCAAGCAUAAACAGCUCACCUCAUCAUCCUCUGCAAACAGAUGUGACCGAGCCGCGGAGCGAUCGCUUAGGAGCCAGGUGGAGGAACCUCUGGACGACGAACGUUACGCUCCGACUGCGGGGUGCGCGCACCCCCGGGCCACACUUGGACCAUUUUUAAUUUAUUAGACUGUCGGGUGAGGAGGAGAUGCGCUCGUGCUCAGUGAACUCGGGACUUGCAAAGGAGCGCAACUCUCGCACCUCCGUAGGAAAUAGCAACAGCAUUAUAACUAGUGGUAUCAUGUUUAGAGUUUGAGUGCCUUUAUACUUCACUUCAUUUAAGUGCAUCUGGAAGACCCUGACAGAUGUCGGAUUCAUAAUUAAGACAAAACUACAGUCCAAGCUCCUGUUUUGUAUUGUGCUGGGGUUGUUUUUUUUUUUUUUUUUUUUUCAGCAGGACUCCAGUGAAUGUAACACAGCUCCAGCUCCAGCUGGGCUGCAGUUUGAUACCCAGCUACUCAGCGGGGUUAGACUGGAUCUAUCUGCCGAACAUUUACCACAACUGUCUCUGACAGAUAAAUCCCAUGUGAGUAAGACAUACUGUAUCAGCACAUUAAGGCCAUUUGAAUGUAGCUACUUUUUGGUGAAAUGUAUUCUUGCCUCUGUCCCUGCCAGUACCUCCGUGUUCUUUUUAGUGGCCUGAUACAGUCAUAAAAAGCUGUCGACCGAGGUAGCAAACUGACUCAUGCACUGUUACCGGGUCUCCUGAGACCAACGCAGACCUUCACUGCAGGUCAUUGUCUGUUUUAAUGUUAAUGGAGUGGAUGGAGUUUUUGUCUGUAAGAAGCCCUGAAUUCACAUGACUGUCCCGGGCGCUCGCAGGACAGGAUGCCUGAAACACUAGACAUGAAAUCCCCAACUGCUAACAUGUGGGAAUGUUGCGAGGAAUGUACUGUAUUGAAGAAAAUUACUUCAAAAAAAAAAAAGAGUUUAAGGUGGAGCUUCGCAAUCACAGCGUUUGCUAACUCUGAUCUGCUAAAUCCUUUCAGAUCUGCGUCAAGGCAAACAAAAAAGCCUCUGUAAUAGUGAAGUCUGUUUGUGAUUUCCUAAAAGGCGGCAGGAACCACGGUGAAUGGGGCCGCUGUUUUUUGAAAUCCGUCACACUCACACGACAAUGUUUCAGGUCACGCUCCGGAUCUGUCUGCUUUGUUGGUGGACCGCUUGCUCUCUGGCAGCAAAAUUAGAGAAACGUUUAACAUACAGAUUUUUUCUUUUCUUUUUUUUUUUUAAAAGUUUAUAUUAUUUAUUUUUUGAGUAUCUCACAGUGUUGCAAUGCAUCCACUGUGAGAGAUUGAAGCACAUUUUUUUAAAGGGACUCCAGUGAAGGCUUUCGUUACACUUCCACCAGGCCAGCCAGUGACGUUACUAAGCAAUAACUAACAUUUCCUGCUUCUUUCUCUCAUUUUUCUAUUUCUUCUUGUAUAUACUGUAACUGUACAUGCACUGGCUUCCUUUACCUAAUGCAAUCUUAUAACUGCUUUGUGUACCAGAUGUAUUUUCACAAUAAAACUGACAAUUCUCUUCA